AUGGAGGUGGAGGACAGGAGCCGCUCCCCAUCCCGUAAGACCAGCCGGGUGGAGCAGGUGGUGGGACGAUGGCUGAGACGGUCUCGAGACUUGGGCAGCAGGUCUCAUUCCCUGAGCAGAGACCGGGUUGCAGAGAAUGGGAAGACUGCAGAGUCCUGUGGCUCUGAUCAGAGGAAUUACCCAUUUCGAUUCAAUAUUCAGAUUCCUCGGGACCCCACCCUCAACUCUCAUGGCCUCACACUCUCCCCCCAAGCCCCCAUCCUGGUACAAGAGGUCACCCCAGGUGGUCCUGCAGAUGGCCGGCUCAUCCCUGGUGACCAGCUAGUGAAGAUCAAUAACGUCGCUGUGGAUGACCUGACCCCAGAGCAAACUGCUGAGAUAAUCAGGGAGUGUCAAGAUAUGUUGACAAUGACGGUACUCAGAACAAUGCUGGGCCCAAAGUCUUCAUUCAUCACACCGGAGAAGAGGGCCAAGCUCAGAUCCAACCCUGUAAAAGUUCACUUUGCGGAGGAGGUGGAAGUAAAUGGGCACUGUCAGGGUAAUUCGCUGCUCUUCCUGCCUAAUGUUCUGAAGGUUUAUCUGGAGAACGGGCAGACCAAGGCCUUUAAAUUUGAACCCAGCACCACGGUCAAGGACAUUGUGAUGACACUGAAGGAAAAGCUUUCUCUGAGCCGUAUUGAACUCUUCUCCCUGGUGCUGGAGCAGCAGCACAGCAUCAGUAAACUACUCCUGCUACACGACGAGGAGAGAAUUCAGCAGGUGGUCCAGAAGAAAGAGGCCCAUGACUACAGGUGUCUCUUUCGCAUUUGUUUCCUGCCCAAAAACUUCCAGACUCUGUUGCAGGAGGAUCCCACAGCCUUCGAAUACCUCUACCUGCAGGGAGUGAAUGAUGUGCUGCAGGAGCGCUUUGCUGUAGAGAUGAGGUGUAACACUGCCUUGCGACUCGCUGCCCUGCACAUCCAGGAGAGGUUGGCGAGCUGUGGACAGUCAUCAAAGACCAACCUGAAAAUCAUCACGAAGACGUGGGGCAUUGAGAACUUUGUGUCAUCCACAUUGUUGAGGAACAUGCGAGAGAAGGAUCUUAGGAAGGCCAUCGGCUACCACAUGAAGAAGAGCCAAUCGCAGCACGAUACCAAGCAGAAGGGCGUGGCAGUCGAUCACGCACGGAUAAACUACCUGGAGGAGCUGGCAGAGCUCAAGUCAUUUGGAGGCAAAUCCUUCAGUGCCACCAUGAUGCUCCAGGACAGGGAGUCGAUGGUGACCCUGCUGGUGGGGGCGCGGUAUGGGGUUAGCCAGGUGGUCAACCACAAGCUUAGCAUCCUGUCUACCCUUACAGAGUUCACCUGUAUCACACGUAUUGAGCUGCUGCCUGAAUCAGACAAGGUCAGCCUGGUCAAAAUAUACCUGCAGGACAUCAAGCCCAUCACAUUGCUGUUGGAGUCAGUGGCAGCCAAAGAAAUGUCCUGCCUAAUAGCAGGGUACUGUCGAGUUUUUGUUGACCCAAGCCUCAACAUCUUUCCCUGGAUAGAUGACCCCAGGAAGCACAGAGUGUCUGCUGAGGAAGGUUACGUCUCCCGCUGUGGCAGCAACUCCGAUGACUCCUCAGACCUGGACAUGGAACCACUAGUCAGCCUGGUGUCUUUCAACGAGAGGCCAUGCCCCCGUGUCAGAUCCUCCUCUGAUCCAGAUGGAAGAAAAAGAAAAGACAAAAGGAGAUACAAAGAUAGGGAAAAGGGAGUUAAAUCUUGGGAAGAUAAAAAACUAAAACCAAAUGAAGAAAAAGAUGAUGACACAGAAAAGGAAAUGUCUCUGCAAAAUACGAAUAAAGAGGCUAAGAUUGAAAACACUGAACACAUAGAGGAGACCGAAGGAGUGUGGGAUGUUGGACAAAUACAGAUUGAAGUAGCAGACAAUGACUCACAGGAACAACAGGAAAAAGUCGGGGAAGAGGGGAAGGUUGGGGUUGGAGAAGAGGUGCAACUAGUAGAGGAGCAGCCAUCCGAACCCUCUGAUUCUUGUCAAACUGACUCUCGUGUCCUAAACAGCCCCUCCAGCGAUUCCCUUGAUGCUUUGGAGGAAGAUGAUUUACUGUUGUGUUCCUCUUCCUCCAGCUUUCUAAAUGAUCCCUCACAAACUUAUUCACACAGCAACUCUCCCCUUCAGCUGAAUCCUUAUUUUCAUAGACAUGUCCAGCCUCACCUCCUCGCCCCACCACCAGCUCACUCCCACCCCCUCAUCAACUUCACAAGUCAGGACAGGGGAGGAGGACGCUGCAGGAGGUCCGGCGAUGGAGCUGAUCCUCAACUCAUCGCACCUAUCUCCACCUCUCAGAACCUUCACCACGCCCAAAAAUGUUCAAGUAACCCCUGCUCUGAUGAGAGGUCCCUGUGCUUCGCUGAGCUCUCUCGCCUCGUGGACUUCUUGCCGAGCCCUCCUGAGGCCAGUGAGGAUGAUGAAGAUGAAGAAGAGGAUUUGAGGAGGAGGAGGGAUAUGUUAAAAGAAAUGGACCAUCCAGUGAGAAGAGCAGGGGAAGGAGGAUGUGUAAGUGGGGAGGGUGGUUGUAAAGAAUAUCCGUUGUCCCUUUCCCCAUCCUCUGACUCCUCCCACAUGGACUUUGUGUUUAACUUCGACAAGAGCGACGCUCGCUGCUACUACAAACUCUGCUCCAGCAUCACCCCAGACAGCGCCCGUAGCCUACCCCGCACCCUGUAUCAUAAUGAGGGCGAGGUCUGCGAAGAAGUGGAGGGAGAUGUGGAUAUGGCUCGAGAGCUGGAGCCAAUCCCCAUUCUCCAACCACCUCCAGGCUUUGGAGACAGCAGCUCUGACGAAGAGUUUUUUGACGCAAGAGAUCGCUUCACCUCGCCUGAAGACCCAGCUUCAGGGGCCCUGCCAAAAGAUAUUUCCACAGAGAUGAAGCUGGACUUGCUCAGUACACUCAGCCUCAGUGACAUCAGAGUGACACAUGACAAAGCUGGAAGAGCACCAGAAGACAAUAGAGGAGAGGAGGAAAAAGGAGGAGGCAGAGAAACAUUGUUCCAGCUUAGAAAAAGAUCUCGCAAGCGUCGCUCCUUCAUGGAAACCACUUAUACCUCCAUGGUGUCAUAUCCAGAACCAGAUCCAGAAUCAAAGCAGGACCUCGUUUCUAAUGGGGUUCAUGUAAACCUUUUAGCAGAAGAUAGUGAUGCCCAGAUGUUGAGUUCAGAUCCUGAACCUACAGAGCAAAGCCAGAAUCUCAGCCCGACUGUCUCCUCUCUGACUCACUCUGAAGGUGAACCAGCUCAGCUUGAGUCAAAACCCAUCCUUUCAAAAGCCUGUUCUAAUGGAUCAGGCUCUCCCUCUGCCUCUGGGUCCCAUGAAACGGCCCGAGAGGCACAACCCUCCUCCAGGACCAAGACGCAAGAAAUGGAGAUGGAACCUGACAAAAUGGAAUCCAAAUCGGUUACAGAUCAGUUGAAGGCUACAUCACCAAGUAUUACAGUCGUCCGCUGCCGGGUGGAUCCAGAUGGAAAGGAAAGUGCUGAUCGGAGGGGUGAUGGAAAGGAGAUAGGGGAGGGACAGCAGGUGAUGGGUGAGGGGAAAGAGGAGGAAGAAAAGGAGAAGACAACAGGUGUGUCCGGGAAGGGGCCUUUCACUUGUCAUAUGUUUUUGCCGGAGAUUGUUAAUGAGUUACAGAUGGAAGAAGACAUGGGGGAAGAGAAGAUGGAAGCUGUAAGAGGGUACAGUUCACAGAGACCACUCGUAUGCCCAAAUAAACAGUUAAAAGCCAACACACUGCCAAAAUAUUUGAUAGAAGGUAGUAAUGGCUUUUUGGGAUCUCAUCUAACUACACAAGAGCUAAACUCAAGUGUAGAGGGAAAUAUGCUUGAAGUUGUGCGUGACAUGUCAUACUCACCACCACCCCCUCCGCCUUCUUCUCCUCUACCUCCACUCGCAGUUUUUCACGAAUCCCAAAGUGACUGUUUGGUGAGUGACGAAGACAGACGCAAAAAUGUGGAGACCUCGAGCAAAGCAUCUUCUGAGGGGACACCAUUUAGCAAACAAAAUCACAUUAACAAAGCACAAUUACAUUUACAGGUCACAACCAGUGUUAAUGAAGAUGAAACUAUUGGUAUUGUAAGUUCUGCUGUGACUACAAGCGAUGAAGUAAGCGACAGCAACAAUUCUGACAAUGUGUUUGACGAUGAUGAGAUGAGUAAUUCUUUAAAUUCUAGUUUAAGUGACAAGAAAGAUGACUGCAGUUUGGCUUCAAAGCAUUGCCUCAUAUCUAGGUCUGUCACUACAGGUAAAGGCGAGUCACAAAUGAGGAAAAAGUCUCCAACCAACACUGAAGCUCAUACAAGCAUGCAUUCAGUUAAGUCUGAUUACACUCGUGCUAUAAACUCCAUCACAGCAAAGCUUGGAGCUGCAACUAGCAUUACAUCUCCAACCUUUAAUUCAGCUAUUGGAUCGCAAAGUGCCAUCAAACAUAAAAAUGCUUCAUGCUCAAACCAAAAAGUGGAUAAACCCCGAAGUGGUACAACCUUGCCAAGUGCUGACGCCAACAACAGUUUAGCUAGUCCUAGCUUAGUGAAGGCAAACACAGACAUGAUCGAUGAUCUCUCCAAAGAGCCUCCCUCUCCAACUCACUUCCGUUUCCAGGCCUGUUCCCACAGCAUCAUGGGCCGCUUAUCUGCCUCAACACUUAGGGGGAAGAUUCAGAAUUUGCCCCUAUAUUUAUCGCGCUCCCAGGAAAACCUCCACCAGACUGGUUUGGGGAAUCAAGCCCAGAGUCCUGCUGAGGACAGCAGCAGCAACAAUGUUGAGAUUGCCAUCAUAGUUACAGACGUUCAUGAUGUUACCCAAACUAUAGAUAGUGAACUGGGCACAAUAUCAGAAACAGUAGAUUCAGACGAUUCAGAUACAACAGUUACAGGAUCAGAGGUGGAUGGUGAGUUUUUUGUGGAAACAACCCCAAUAGACACUUGUCAUUCAGGUUUAAAGGUCAAAGAUUUAAACUCUCCAUUGCCUGUCCUGACCGAGCCCAAACCAAAAUACCAUCACCAGUUCCUGCACAGUAUCCAGCACACACCAGGACCAAUAACCGAGCCUCCAGCCUCCAUUGUGAACAGCCUCCAGAGGGAUACUUCAGGCAUGACGUUAGACACCCCUGGCUCUAUAAAAGUCACUUCUGAACAGAACAUGGUCGCAACUCCAGGGGAAGAGAAUUCAGGUUAUAAAAUGAACUAUCAGUCACCUUCCUUUCCCCCUCCAAUUGUGGUGACCACACAGAAUUUAAAUAGGGCAGGACUUACUUUUCAUAAUCAGUCACAGACAGUAGGAUGGACCAGCAGCGACAGGCCCUUGAUGGGUCUUUGUAGACCUUCAAAGCAGAGUUCAGACUCAGCAAAAACCCUUUCCUCAGGCUGCAGAGUGUUUACGAUCUGUGAGGAUCCAUCUGAGACAAAGACUCCAGCCGAGCUUGGGACUACCGCGCCCUUAAAGUCUGAGUUUGGCUGCAGUUCUGUGCUAUCAUCUGGAUGUGAGUCUGUCGUGGAUGGGUUGCAGGUACCACUGGACACUUGUGGCUGUCCAGUGGUCUAUACCAACUGCUUUAGUGGAGGUGACAGCUUUGACGAUGAGCUGACUGUCUAUGAGUUCUCUUGCCGCACACAGAGCACUGGUGUGACUCAGACUUCAGGAGCAGUUCUUCCUCUCAUGACUUCUCCCCGUGUUCUCUCCUUUCUCUCCCCUUCCUCCACCCACUCUCCCGCCUUUCCCCGCUCAAUCCUCUUCUCCUCCUCUACCUCUGAGCUCAGCCCUCUCCUCUCCCCACUGUCCGACACCUCUGACUGUUUCCCUUCUCAAACGCACAAGGACAUCAUCAGUCGUUUAGGUCAGCAGCGCUAUCUAGAACCCCCUGCAGGUUUUCAAGAACUCCGUGUGGAAGUGGACCAGCUUCUCUCAAUUCUAGAGAGUAGCGGUAGUGACCGAUCAGUGGCGGGUCACGGAGGUCGUCACCCCCGGGACACCUGUCCUGCUCACUUUACAGAGAACAAGCGGGUGCUCCAGAUGGAGGCCCGGAGUCUGAUGUCAAGCUGCCAGAAGGUAGUGGGGAUUGAGCAGAGCCCUAUGGAAAUGCUUCACUCCCUGGGAGACAGCUUCCGAACCCUGGUGAAGUUGGCCAGCAUAUGCCUGUGGUUCUCUGGUUGCGACAGGUGUGACCGGAGGAAUGCGGAGGCAGUUGCCGGGCUGGCAGAUGUGGCACGCUCAUUCAGGGAAUUCUGUCUGGCAGCAGAACGAGCCAGCAGCAAGCGCAGCUGCCAGGACCUGAGCACCAAGCUGCUCGCCAAACAGUGCACGGCGCUCACCGCUUCCGUCUUCUGCUUCACUCAGCUGUUCCGCACCCUCACUGCACUAUAG